AUGGCAGGGCUAGUGGGAUACGCCAGCAGCGAUGAGGACGACGACACCUCCCCGCAUGCUCCGUCCCCCAAGGUAUAUUUCAUGUCCAACCUUGUUCAGCCUCAGAAUCUAAUACACAAUCAGGCAUCAUCUCCUCCUGAGGGCGCGGGAACAAAAAAGAUCUCAAAACCUGCCUCAAGUCAACAACAACCAUCUCACUCACUAAAUCUCUUGGAACACCCAUCUCAACCAUCUUCAACUCAACCAGAACCAUCACAAUCGUCCUCAACUCAGCCACAACCACAAAACACCAACCCCGUGACCUUCGACUCACCCCUACCACCACCGGAAUCCAACCCCCCCGACCUUCCCGAACCUCCAGAAACAUCCGCGCCCUCAUCCCCGUACACAACAACCCGCAGCCUCAUCCACGAUCUCACCCUUCCUUCAGUGCCGAACCUCGACAUCCCCCCCUCCCCGCCGGGCUCGCCGCCUCCACAAACAAGCUCCAAAUUCCAGCAGUUUCUCACCCUCAAACGCCAAGGCACUCACUUCAACAGCAAGCUCGAGCAGUCCGCAGCGCUGCGCAACCCUUCUCUCACGGACAAACUCCUCUCCUUUGUAGACCUAUCCGGGCCCGCGCAGUACGAAACCACCCUGCCGUUGGAGUUGUACGAUCCCAGCGGGUUUCCGGAGUGGUCGUACAGGGACAAGCUGCGGAGGGCGAGGGAAGACGUUGUGAAGGCGAGGGAGGAGAAGGCUGGGGGGAGGAGUUCAAUAGAAUUUGUAAGCGGUUCUGUACAUUCGCCCGGUACCGGAGGGGGCAUCUCAAGAGAAAAGCGGAAGGGUGGGUGGAAAUGA